AUGCACGCUCCCAGGCGGGCGCCGGAGGUGUUUUACAGCCGCUCUGCCAGAGGUGCGGGUAGGGGACGCCCUACCCCAUCCCAGCGUCUGCGUGGGGCUUUCGGAGGCACUGGACAGGGAUCAGUCGAGCUGUCGCACCCAGUCCUCUCCCGCGGCGCCGGAGCUCGCCGGCUCAGCUUCGUUUGGACUGAGUGUGGGGCGAGUUUUCCCUCCUCCCGCUGUCCCUCGUCUCCACUUCCUUUUCACAACAAUGUGGUGAAUAUAUCCAACAUCACAGGCACUGCUCACAGCAGUGAUAAAGACAGACCUACUGUCCUCAUGGAACUUACAUUCCAAAGGGAAGAAACACUAAGCUUAUAA